UACGGAAGAACCAGGAGUUUGGCGUGACCAUGGUGAGAGAAGACGGUCCAAGAAGGGACGUUAUCAGGCCACUUUUUGGGUGGAGAAGGAGGGGAAGCAAAAGAAAACAAGGAAGUAUGCGACCAUGAAGCGAAUGCUUAGUCUCAGAGAUCAGAGGCUUAAAGAAAAGGAUAGAUUAAAACCUAAAAAGAAAGAAAAGAAGGAUCCCAGCGCGUUAAAGGAAAGAGAAGUUCCCCAACACCCUUCCUGCUUAUUUUUCCAAUAUAAUACACAGCUGGGCCCCCCUUACCACAUCCUCGUUGAUACCAACUUUAUCAACUUUUCCAUAAAAGCCAAACUGGACUUAGUGCAGUCAAUGAUGGACUGUCUGUAUGCCAAGUGUAUCCCUUGUAUAACCGAUUGUGUAAUGGCUGAAAUUGAGAAAUUGGGGCAGAAGUAUCGAGUGGCUCUAAGGAUUGCCAAGGAUCCAAGAUUUGAACGAUUACCAUGUACACACAAAGGAACCUAUGCAGAUGACUGCUUAGUACAGAGAGUAACUCAGCAUAAGUGUUACAUUGUGGCCACGGUUGACCGGGACCUUAAAAGAAGAAUCCGUAAGAUUCCUGGAGUUCCUAUCAUGUACAUUUCUAACCAUAGAUACAACAUUGAACGGAUGCCAGAUGAUUAUGGAGCCCCUCGAUUCUAAUUCUUACAAGACACAGUUCCUCUGCCUUUCUUCGACCAACUUUCUCUUGUUGCCAGUUCAUUACACAUAAUGUAGCAGAAUUUUUAAGGAAUCAGAGAGACCGAUGGAGUUCAGGAAGAUAUUUAUUAUUUAGGUGCACUGGCCCAGUCGGAUUAACAUCCAAAGGACUGAGCCCUGAACAAAGAGUUAAGAGUUAAGUUACCUUUUAAGCAAUUUGUGGGGCGGGGGGUGGGGGGGUGGAAUCUGUGCACGGGAAGCAUAUUACAGAAGCGAGAAAGACAGUUAUUCAAUUAACUGAGACAUGCAUUACAUCAUUUCUUACUUUUCAAGGAAAAUCAUGUUUUACGACUUGAGUUUAUCUGUCUACUUACCUUGCAGCUGCACAGCUAGAGAAACAGGGUAUUUACAAUGCCUGGGAAAGGAGGAGAGAUAAGGCUCACUAGCCACAGAAAAACAGGCAGUUAAUUUUUAAAGGACUCCAGCUCUUUCUGUUUCUCACAGUGAAUUGGGUUUUCUUACAUACAACUGAGUUUCUGCUUACACAUUUUUUAAUUUCUUUUAAUUCCUUUUCCAAUGCAGUAGCAUGAAUUAUUAUUCUCUUGACCUAUUUGCCUUACUAUGAGCUGAGGGUAGUUAAAUAUGCUCAGUCUUUUUUUUUUUUUUUUUUUCUUGAGAUGAAGUUUUGCUCUGCCACCAGGCUGGAGUGCAGUGGUGCAAUCUGGGCUCACUGCAACCCCUGCCUCCCAUCCUUCAAGUGAUUCUCCUGCCUCAGCCUCCCGAGUAGCUGGGAUUACAGGUACACGGCACCAUGCCCAGCUAAUUUUUCUUCUUUUUGGUGGGGGGGUGGGGGGUAUUUUUAGUAGAGACAAAUUUGUAUUUUUAAUACAGAAAAAUAUGCCUCGGGCCGGGCGCGGUGGCUCACGCCUGUAAUCCCAGCACUUUGGGAGGCCGAGGCGGGUGGAUCACAAGGUCAGGAGAUCGAGACCAUCGUGGCUAACACGGUGAAACCCCGUCUGUACUAAAAAUACAAAAAAUUAGCCAGGCAUGGUAGCGGGCGCCUGUAGUCCCAGCUACUUGGGAGGCUGAGGCAGGAGAAUGGCGUGAACCCAGGAGGCAGAGCUUGCAGUGAGCCGAGAUUGCGCCACUGCACUCCAGCCUGGGCGACAGAGCCAGACUCCGUCUCAAAAAAAAAAAAAAAGAAAAAUAUGCCUCGGCCUCCCAAAGUGCUGGAAUUACAGGCAUGAGCCACCGUGCCUGGCCUGCUCACUUUCUGAUGCUGCUUUUUUGUUGUUUGUUUGUUUGUUUUGAGAUGGAGUCUUGCUCUGUCACCAGGCUGGAGUGCAGCAGCGCGAUCUCGGCUCAUUACAACUUCCGCCUCCCAGGUUCAAGCGAUUCUCCUGCCUCAGCCUGUGGAGUAGCUGGGACUAUAGGUGCGCGCCACCACGCUCAGCCACUGAUGCUGUUUUGCCACUGAUGCUGUUUUGAAAUUGAUAUUUUGUCUCGUAAAAAUUAGGCCAGGCGCGGUGGCUCACACCUAUAAUUCCAGCACUUUGGGAGGCCAAGGUGGGUGGAUCACCUGAGGUCAGGAGUUGGAGACCAGCCUGGACAACAUGGCAAAACUGCAUCUCUACUAAAAAUACAAAAAAAAUUAGCCGGGUGUGGUGUCACAUGCCUAUAAUCCCAGCUACUGGGGAGGCUGAGGCAGGAGAACCUCUUGAACCCAGGAGGUGGAGGUUGCAGUGAGCUGAGCUUGCGCCACUGCAUUCCAGCCUGGGUGACAGAGUGAGACUGUCUCAAAAAAAAAAAAAAAAUUAAUGAUGGUCAAAGGGUAUAAAAUCUCAGACAGGAAGAAUAUGUUUUAUACUUUUUUUGAGUUCGGUUGUACAGUGUGGUGCCUAUACUUAAUAAUGGAGUAUUACACAUUUCAAAAUUAAUGUUCUCAUCAGAGAAAUGUAUUUGAAGUAUUGCAUAUGUUAACUAGCUUGAUUUAACUAUUCCAUAUUGUAUCCACAAUUUAUGACAUCACUUUGUAACCCAUACAUUUAUACAAUUACAAAUUGUCAAUUUAUAAUAAAAAAAUUUGUUGCAUCUUUUUAGAAA